AUGGCUUCCAAUGAGACCAAUGCCACCACACAGUGCCCCUAUAGCCUUCUCCUGUCCGAGGAGGCCGGCAUCACCCUGUCUCUGUUCUACUCGGUUCUCUUUGUCUUCAGCGUCUUGGGGAACAGCCUGGCUCUGUGCCUCAUUUGCCAGAAGAGCGAGAAGAUCAACUCAACCGGCAUCUACCUGGUGCACCUGGCAGUGUCUGACCUCAUGUUCGCGCUGGCCCUGCCUGGCAAGAUCGCCUACUUCGCCCUGGGGUUCAGCUGGCCUUUUGGCGUCUCCUUCUGCCAGCUGACCGCUUUCCUGUUCUACCUGAACACCUACGGGGGGAUGAACCUCAUGGCGUGUGUGAGCGUGGACCGCUACCUGGCUGUGGUCCGCGGGCACCAGUGGCCCCAGCUGCGCAGGGCUGGCCGCGCACGGCUGGUCUGCGUGGGCAUCUGGACGCUGGCCCUUCUGCAGACGGCGUUCAGGAUGUCUCUUAAGGUCACAGUGUGCCUCAUGAAUCUCAACUGCUGUAUUGACCCCAUCAUCUACUUCUUUGCAUCCAAAGGUUAUAGGAGAUGGUUCUUCCGGCUUUUAAAACUUAGAGGGUCAGCCUCCACCCCUUCCUCCUCAGAGAUGCCAAGUAUCAACCAGACGGUUGGCUCUGAGCCUGUUACACAAACGAUGAGGAGCGCCAUGGCCCUACGAACGAACAUUAGCCAACCCGUGGCCUUUGUCCGAAAAAUCCCCUGGACCGCGUCCGUGAGUGAGCUGAGAGAACACUUUGCACAGUUUGGUCAUGUACGGAAGUGCACUCUACCUUUUGACAGAGACACCGGCUUUCACAGAGGUAUGGGUUGGAUUCUGUUUUCUUCAGAAGAAGAACUUCAGAAUGCCCUGCAACAGAAAAAUCAUAUUAUCGAUGGAGUAAAAAUCCACGUUCUAGCUCAAAGACCCAAAGUUUUACAAGAGAAUCAAACAUCUGAUGAAGAGAAAGAUUUUUAA